CUACAAGUACCGUACCGUUCCCACUACUGGCCGUAAGCUACGAGUAUAUCUAUCUAGUCCUCAAAACCCAUAGCCUAGACUAGGGCUAUCCUCCAAUAUACGAAGCAGCUCCAAGUUUCUCGCUUAACAAUUAACCCCGAUACCUCGCGGCCAUGUUUCCUCCCGGUCGCGGUAACGACACUCCAUGCGCGGGUCGCAAAUUUGUGAUCAGCCUGUUCGGCACGAGCGAGGUACUCACAGCAGAAGCAGAAGCCGUAUGCCUUAGAGAAUAUGACGAGGGACAUAGGAGCCAAAUCUGGGUCUGCGAAAGGAACGCAUGCAACUACUUUGGCCUGCGGAAUGUAGCGAGCGGGCUUUACCUGGGACGGAGGGAUACACAUGAUCGGAUUGUGUGUUGCGGGGUCGGGCUCCAUGGUUGGGAGGAACUUGCUUUCACGCGGCUUAGCGACGGCGGGUAUUCAUUGAUGGUGAGGAAGCUGGCCAAGGAAAAGCUAUUCCCUGUUUACCCCACCGACGCCGGCAGUUUCCGUUUCAGUACCAGUAGGGAGGAAGGAAGUAGUGACACCCACUUCGGCCUGCACCAGCUCAAGAACCCAGUGUUCAGACGGUUCGAGUGGGUGGUCCUGAACCGUCUCGCACGCUCAUCCGCGCCAUAUUAUGAUGGGGAGGAUUCCGAUGAGAGUAUUAACGAAACCUCAAUCAAAUUCCUUGUCAAACACGGCAUACAGAACAUCAUCAGCUUGAACUCUGUUGAGAUAUCGCCACGCGAGAAGGGCAGGCUUCGCGCCGCCAAGAUCUCGUAUUCGCACAUCCAGACUCAGCAAUGUUCCUCUCCCACUCAGGAGCAAUUUGACCGGAUCUGGAAUGCCUUCGACAAGGCAGGGGUCACAAUCGUUUAUUGCGGAUAUGGAGAUGGGAGGACCGGAACAGCUAUCAGUGCGAUCCAGCUCUUCCAGGGCCGUACCCUGAGCGACAUGGAUUACAGGGCGAACGGCGUGCAGUGCACCAGCCAGCUAGAGGCAUUAAGUGCAUUAAGGGAAAGAAUUCAUGGGCGAGUAUCUCUUCGAGAACAGUUUCUGCCUUUCCCAACGCUGAUGGCUAGAUAGUGUCGAUAAUGAUAGCGACCCUCUCGACCCCCCCGACAAUCAACCCCCGCCAUAUACGGCACCUAAAAAAGACAAGUGAUAAAACACAUGACGACGGGAUUAUGCGAGGAUGGUGAAGUGAAGGGGAAUGCGUAUUUUCUCUGUAAGGGAUUCGCGGGAGAGGGUGUGGAGUCCGGCGGUGUUCGGGAGAGCAAGUGGGAUGAGCACGAGAGGGCUGAGAAAAGAGUUUUUUGUCCACGUCAGUUGUAUGGAAAACCGGGAUUCAAGAUGGAGAGCCGAUUCAACCUCUAGGCCAGUAAAUUGUCCCGUGAGGGUUCAGGAAUGCCCAAGCGAAAAAUGGUAAGACCAAGAUCCUGGGUGACUCCACGCACGCGUGACGGGGAUACCACGUACGGUACUGUACAGUACGGGUAUGAUACGGGUACUCGUACAGUAGGAGUAGUAUGGUGUUACCUAGUUUGGCGUGCAGGAGGCCUCGAUUUCUUCUGGGUGGAAAGGCCGACGCUUCACACAUGGGUCCACUCGACCGUGGGGAGGUUGAAGAACAAGCCGGGGGCCCACUAGGAGUGAUGCUCACUUUGCGGGCCACUCGUGCAACUUAUAGUCUACAUCACCGCCUGUACGGUCCUUUGUAUCGUAUAAUACGCUAGCCCCGUGCUCACAUGGAAU